UGGAGGGGGGCACAAGAGAAGAAAGAAGAAGGGCACAUUUCCUUCCUCUUUUUUUUUUUUGUACUUGGAGGCUCUGAGCUCAGUGUUGAAAUUGGCAAAGCUGCUGUUAUCACCUUCCCUUUUUGUGCCCCUCCUCCUCUGCACAGGUGCCUCCCCCUUCCCAAGUGCCUUUUAGGUGACUCCUCAGCCAGAGCUGACUUCAUUCCUAAAGCUUCUGGGUUCUUCUCCCCUCUCUAAGCUCAAACCUAUUUAUUAUCUCAGAAAUGCUAUCUCAGGUAUUAGGAAGAAAACAGUCUCUUUAAUGUGCCAAUUGACUGACAUCCUCUAAUCACCAGAUAAGUACUUGCAUUUUCUUUCAUACCAAUUUAGAGACAGUCUGUCUAAACAAGUGAAGCUUGUUAAGUUUUUUCUCACAUGAUUAACAAUGAAGAAAUGUACUUAGGAAAGACUUUUUUUCUCAAAAGGGGUAAGUAAUGCAACUUUCUGUUGCUGUUACUGUUGGGUAACAGCUCUUGUUAGAAGUCGGUGAAGAAUGUAUAUUUAUGUGCUUGGAUGAUGUAUUGAGAAUUGCUUAGUUGGUGACACGAAGAGGGAGAGAACACAUUUCUCUUGCUAUCUUCAUUUGGUGGUAGAGAUGGGUCAGAAGCACUGGUCUUGUCAUUGGAAUUGUGAAUCUGCUGCUCAGGGGAUGGAGAAACAUCACUAACUAGGAGCUGGAAGCUCCCAACCCUCAAGUGAUAUUUCAAAAAGAGGGGCAAAAAACGGCGAUUCUUGAAGGUUGUGGUUUCUUGAAAUGUAAAUGAGACUUCACGGAUGGUGUUUUGAUGUAGUGGGAAAGAAUGUUCUCACUGGGAUUUUGAUGUCUGCUGUAGUCUGAAGAGAGAGGAACUUGGAUGAAGCCCAGGUCCAUGCUGGUCUAGACUAAUUUUAGAAAAUGCCAAGUAGGAAAUUUGCCGAUGGUGAAGUGGUAAGAGGUCGGUGGCCUGGGAGUUCACUUUAUUAUGAAGUAGAAAUUCUGAGCCAUGACGGCAAAUCCCAGCUUUACACCGUCAAAUACAAAGAUGGAACUGAACUUGAAUUGAAAGAGAGUGAUAUCAAGCCUUUAACAUCCUUUAAGCAAAGGAAAAGUGGCUCAACUUCCAGUUCUCCCUCCAGACGCCGGGGGAGCCGAGGGAGCCGCGGCAGCCGAGGCAGUAGGUCAAGAUCACGCUGCAAAUCCCCUGGUCGAACACCUAAGAAUUCCCGAAGAUCCGCCUCUGCUUCUCACCAGCCUGACAUUAAGGAAACAAGGAGGGAAAUUUUGGAAGUAAAAUUGACUCCACUCAUAUUGAAGCCAUUUGGAAAUAGCAUCAGCAUAUACAAUGGGGAGCCCGAACACAUUGAGAGGAAUGAUAUACCUCGUAAAAACACACAGGAAAGAUUCAUUUUGUCACAAGAUGGUAGCUAUAUAUCAACAGAAUAUAGUCUUCGUCCAAGAAGAGAAGAGAUCAAAUUAAAAGAAAUAGAUUCUAAGGAAGAAAAAGUUGUUACUAAAGGACCCACAUCACCAAGAACCUUUGAAGUGACCACCCCACAGAAGAAGGACUUAGAGUUUGGAGGAGUACCUGGUGUGACCCUCAUCAUUCUUGGCCUGCCUGUCUUCCUCUUCCUGUUGCUGUUGAUGUGUAAACAGAAAGAUCCCAGUCUUCUGAAUUUCCCCCCUCCUUUGCCAAAUUUGUACGACUUAUGGGAAACCAGAGUAUGUGGAAUCUACCUGCUAUGGUUUUUUGUUCAAGCUCUGUUUUCCCUGUUGCCAAUUGGGAAGGUUGCAAAAGGAACCCCUCUUGUUGAUGGAAGAAGACUCAAGUAUAGAUUAAAUGGAUUCUAUGCAUUUAUGUUGACAUCUGCAGUCAUCGGGACAUCUCUCUUCUGGGGUGUUGAGCUUUAUUAUGUGUACAACCAUUUCCUUCAGUUUGCCCUUGUAGCCACUAUUUUUUCAGUGAUCUUGAGUAUUUACCUCUACGCUCGCUCUUGGAAAGCACCCAAGGAUGAACUGUCUCCUGCCAGCGCUGGAAAUGCUGUCUAUGAUUUCUUCAUUGGCCGUGAAUUAAAUCCUCGAAUUGGUGCUUUUGAUCUCAAAUACUUUUGUGAAUUGCGUCCCGGAUUGAUUGGAUGGGUGGUUAUUAACUUAGUGAUGCUUUUGGCUGAAAUGAAAGUACAGAACCGUGCUGCUCCAUCCUUGGCAAUGAUUUUGGUUAACAGUUUCCAGCUCCUGUAUGUGGUGGACGCCCUCUGGAACGAGGAAGCCGUGUUGACGACCAUGGACAUCAUCCACGAUGGGUUUGGAUUUAUGUUGGCCUUUGGAGAUUUGGUGUGGGUUCCAUUUAUCUAUAGCUUCCAAGCCUUUUACUUAGUCACUCACCCUCAUGAGGUAUCUUGGCCUGUAGCUGCUGGGAUUAUUGCUCUGAAACUUUGUGGAUAUGUAAUCUUCCGAUGUGCAAAUUCUCAGAAGAAUGAAUUCCGGAAAAAUCCCACUAAUCCAAAGCUUGCUCAUUUAAAAACCAUUCGUACUUCUACGGGAAAAAAUCUUCUGGUUUCUGGAUGGUGGGGCUUUGUUCGCCACCCCAAUUACUUGGGUGAUCUCAUCAUGGCCCUGGCGUGGUCCCUGCCUUGUGGUUUUAAUCACAUCCUGCCUUAUUUCUAUGUGAUUUACUUCACCAUUUUGCUUGUCCACCGAGAAGCACGCGAUGAGCACCAGUGUAAGAAGAAGUACGGCCUGGCGUGGGAGAAAUACUGCCAGCGCGUGCCCUACCGCAUCUUCCCGUACAUUUACUGAUUCUGUUCUGGUGAUUAAAAAUGCUCCCAUUGUUUAGGCUUCCAUUUGUGAAAACAAGGAAAAAAAAAUCCAAACUCAUUGCACUGACAGGAUCUGUAAGUUUUGAGUCAGGACUCUAGAGCCAAGUAGUAUGUCUGUUAAUAUAGCCAUGUGUAUUUUUAUUAAAUUAAUAACAAUGUCAGGAACUUUACAAAUAACAAUGUUAGAAUUUGCUUUUAAUAGGAAAUUUUCAAUCCUUAAAAAUUUGAAAAAAAAAAAAAAAACAAAGCUAGUCUUAAAUGCACUGAAAAGAAUACUAUUGAUAUUUAUAGUUUUUAAUUCCAAAUUUUGAUUUUUUUUUUCCCUUUUGCCAGUUGGUUUUUCUUAAGUGAAAACACUGUUCCAUUUAGAAUACAUUUGUGUUUCAUUGCAUUAAGAAAACAAUUUCAUUUGCUUCUCUUUAAAUCAUUUACAAGUUAUGUGAUUUUUAAAGGGAUUCGCUGUACAUGGAGAGUGAUGGCAGGUUAGGAGCAGACACUGUUUAAAGAGGCCCAUUGGUAGCAGUUGGCUUAACUUCAACUUCUGAAACUGCAUUUGAAAAUGUACAUACAUAGCUUAUUUUUAUGUAAUAUAUGGUGACUUCAGAUUUUUCUGUACAGUAUUUUGAAUGUGAGAUAAUUGUCAGGACUAAAGUAGCUUUUUAACAAAAACAUUUUCAGUAUUUUAAAUUAAGUUUUGUAAAGUAAUACAUGUGAAUUAAAAAUUUUGAAGCAAUUAGAAUUCAUUUAAUAUUGUAUAGAAGAUGCUCUUAAAACAUAGGAAAGGUAUUUUUUCUUAAUCCAAAGUUUGUGAAUUUGGCUUUGCUACCUCAAUUGCAGGUGUGUGUUUGCCUUUAUAAACUCUUACAAAUAGAAAAAGUAGAAUAAAUAUAUAUUUUUGGAGAAACAUUACUAUUUAAACAUUUUUUUUUACAAACAUUGGUGUUCGAAAAUUUGCCAUUUAAGGCUACUAUUUUUAUAUAUUUUUUUGACUUUUAAAAUUCAACAGUGUUUUUGCUACUAUUCAUUUAAAUUGAAGAGUGAUUUUGCUAUUGUUUAGCUCAUGCAGUUUAUACUGUAUUUUGUCCACAUGUCCUUUAGGUCCACAAAACCUUGAAAGGAGUGCUAUCUGAAAACAAGGCGUUAACUUAAAAUUGCUUCUUUUAAUAGAUGUGCAUAAAGGAAAUUUAACCUUUAAAUUCUAGUGAAGUUGAUGUAGUCUCAUUCAUUAUUAAUUGUCCUAUAAUGGAACAGUAGCAAAUUCACCAAACUUUUGUAUUAAAAACUAAUUGUUCUCAGUAUCUUAAACAUAGGGGAAUGUAAUACUUAUAGUGUAUGUUUGGGUUUUAAUUCUACAUUUUAUAUAUGAGCCAUUUAGAUAUGCAGUGUUCAUCCUACCCUGCAAUUUGAAGUAUCUAUAACCUAGCUUAUGUUAAUGUGAUCGUGGAGUUGGUUUUCUCUAGCGUUCUGCAUCCUGUAAUGUUUGAACAUUGCUUUGGUGAAAUUGUCAGUGUUUUAUCAGUACUGAUGUAUGCAAGCAAAUUUUUUUGUUGCCUUUUUUUUUUUUUUAAGUUAUGCUUUUCUCCUGGUAUUGGAAAGUGGUGUUCUAGCAGGUUCUGGGCUGGAUCACAGGGAGGUUUUGGGGGAGGAUGGAGGACAUUCAGUUCUUUUCCUGGCAAUGAAAAAGGUUUGUUAUCAGAAGAGUACUGCAGUGCUUGGGCAUCAGCUACAGUUUGGUUUAAUUUUGCUUUUGACAUGUUUUUUUGACAAGCUUUAUAAUGAAGUUUUAAGUUGGAAAUAAAAUUUAAAAUAAAAAUGUUGCUUUGAUUA